GUGUGGUGUGGUACUGAUGCCUAUACCAAAAAUUCCCAAAUUCCACCAAUUCCCUUCGUUUCUGUCUUUAUAAAUCCCAAGACCGUUUAGGCCAUUUUCUCCCUCUCUAGCCAUUCCCAAGCCCCACCAAUAAACAACAUAGCAAUUUCAGUUUUCAAGAGAGAUAUUUUUUAUAUUAAACCCAUAAAUUAAAAAUAAAAGUUUGAAUAGUAUGAGAAAAAGAAACCAAAAAAAUAGUAUAUAGUGUGGAAACAAAAGGGGCACAGCACAACAAAACAAAAACACAAGCACAAUAACCAUCCCUCUUUCUUUCCUCAAGCCUUGUUUUUCACUCUUCCUUAUUUCUUCUCCAAUCUCCACCCAAACCACCCCUAACCCUUUUUUCCUCUCUGAAUUUGGAGUCAGAAAUUUUUUGGUUUUGGUGCAAAGGGGAGAGAGAGACAGAGAGAAGAGAGAGAGAGAGAAACCUCUCCACUCCACCCAUCAAUGGAAAUCAGCUCAAGACUUCAAGAGAGAGAGAACCCAUCUCCCAUGAACUCUCCAACAAGCAAUGUGAGCAACUGCAUGAGUAGCAGCAACAGCAAUGGCAUCCAAAUCACAACACCACCUCUCACUCCCAAAACCAUUCCCAGAUCUGAUUCCAACCCCUACCCUACAACUUUUGUGCAAGCUGACACCUCCACUUUCAAGCAAGUAGUUCAAAUGCUAACAGGUUCAUCAGAAACCACAAAACAAGCACCCUCACAAGAUCCAGUGCCACCACAACCAUCAAGAAACUUCAACAUCCCUCCCAUCAAGACACCACCAAAGAAACAAGGCUUCAAGCUCUAUGAGAGGAGGAACAGCCUCAAGAACAGCCUCAUGCUUAACACCUUGAUGCCCAAUUUUGCUCAGAAUUCUGCUGCUGGAUUCUCACCCCGCAAGCCUGAGAUCCUCUCACCAAGCUUGCUUGAUUUCCCUUCCCUUGCUCUUAGCCCUGUCACACCAUUGAAUGAUGACCCUUUUGACAAGACCUCACCUUCAUUGGGAAACUCAUCAGAAGAGGAAAAAGCCAUAGCCGAAAAGGGGUUCUAUUUGCAUCCCUCUCCCAUGACAACUCCAAGAGACUCAGAACCUCAACUCUUGCCUUUGUUUCCUGUCACUUCACCUAGAGUUUCAGAAUCACCUUCUUGAGGAGGUGAUAGGAGAUAAGAGAUAAGAGAAAAGAGAAGAGAGUGUGUACAAGGCUAUAACUUGUGUUGUGGAUGAUUUAGAUAGAGAGAAUGAUUACAUGGUUUUGAUUUCAAUGGUUACUUUCCUCCAUCAACAAGGUACAGAGCUUGGUCUAAUUGUAAAAGUGGCUUUAUUACCAUGAAAUGGCAAGGCCUUCUUUCUUUAUUCUCCUGCUUUGUCUUCCGACCUCGAAAAUUUGGUAUUUUUUUUGCUUUCCAUAAAUGAAAGAAGAAAAAAAAGGUGUCUUUGUCCGAUGAAUUUGAUUUUUAUUUUAUUUUUCUCUUCAUAUUCCAUGAGUUGUUCUUCAAGGAAUUUUUCUUUUAGAAAAUCACAUCUUGGGUAUAAUCUUGAACCAUCGUAGUGUGUCUUUAAUUGAUCAUGAUGAAUUCAACCAAUAAGGGUCUUCUUCACAGUGUUUGUGUGUGAUAACUGUUUCACACCAACCACCCGUGAAGUUGUGUUCAGAUGAACAGAAUCCAAAGAAGGAAAAAGGAGAAGACAAGGAAAUGAGGAUGCUUGGAAGGGACACAUUUUGCUGGAAAUCAGUGUUCGAAAGGACACAACCGUAUCCUAUGUUGUCAUCAUCGCAGAAAGCUGCACUAACAGGAAGGUGGGUGGGUUAACUUAAUGAAGGGUGAGACUUGAGAGGGUCCCUCUUCUUGGUUAUGCUAAUUUGGUCUAAUCAAAUUCUCAAGUACCUCAAUACCCAGAUUAUGAUAAUGCGUUUUUGUUGGUUUUUCUUUUUCUUUUCUUUUCCUGAAUAUUGGAAGAAAACUAUUUGUGUUGGUUUUCAAGUUUCCUUCUUGAUCAAGAAGUUAAGCAAGGACUUUACUCUCUUUGCAUCGUAUAUAAAUGCACAACAUUUAUGCACAAUGUCAGUAGUAGUACCCUACUUGUACUUCUUACAACAAUCUAGACAUAGGACCUAUGUGGGUGUUGGUGCUGAUAAUAAAAAUUGUGUUUUGUAUAGGACCUAUAUGGGUGUUGAUCAUAAAAUUGUUUGGAUAAAUUGUG